AGCACGCGCCGUGCGCUCCCCGGCUGCGAGGUCUGGCUGGGCUGUGGGCCGCGCGCCGCCGCCGCUACUGUCCUCUUCGGAGGCGCGGGCCCGACGGAAACCAUGUUUGUGGCUCGCAGCAUCGCGGCGGACCACAAGGAUCUCAUCCACGAUGUCUCUUUCGACUUCCACGGGCGGCGGAUGGCGACCUGCUCCAGCGAUCAGAGCGUUAAGGUGCGCGCGGCGCUUGCGGGCGGGGCCGACCCCAGAAGGAGGGGGAGUGGGUGGGCGGCGCGGGGAACGGGGCUGUGUCUUGGUUUCAAUGACGCCGCUGGAAGCUGUGGGGUGGCGGGCGAGCCCUGGCUGGACCGGGCGGAAGCUCUCCCCGCCCGCGUAUUGUGGGGUCACAGCGGCCUCGCCGGCCGCCCUCCCGUGCGCCUGCGCAGCUGGUGCCACGUGCGCGCUCCCGCCCGCAGGGUACGCCGGGCCCUCUCCCAGGCCGCGCUGCCGGGGCUGCUGGCGGGAACACGGGUGUCCCACCGUCAGCUUCGGCGUCGUGGGUCUUGCCCGCGCUGUUCACCCGAGGACCUGCAGUGGGACCUGGUGGGAGACUUUGCCUGGCUGGCGCUGCGUCGAGUUCUGUGCUCCGCUGGUGUUCUCUCACCAGGGCACAUGGUUUUCUCCGUGGGUUCAGAGCAGGAGCUCGCUUUGUUACGCCAAGGAAGAAAAAUACAAACCAUUUACAUCCGAUGAUUUCUCUGCUUGCUGCCCAGGAAUCGGAGGGUUUGUUUCUUGAAGUUCCCGUAAACGUCUGUAGACACUUCCGACAAGCAGAAUUUCUUUUUUUUUUUUUUUUGAGACGGAGUCUUACUCUGUCACCCAGGCUGGAGUGCAAUGGCACGAUCUCGGAUCCCUGCAACGUCCGCCUCCCGGGUUCAAGCGAUUAUCCUGCCUCAGCCUCCCAAGUAGCAGGGAUUACAGGUGCAUGCCACCACGCCCGGCUAAUUUUUUUGUAUUUUUUAGUAGAGACAGGGUUUCACCAUGUGGGCCAGGCUGGUCUCGAAUUCCUGACCUCGUGAUCCACCCGCCUUGGCGCCUCGGCCUUCCAAAGUGCUGGGAUUACAGGCGUGAGCCACCGCGCCCGGCCAACAAGCAGAAUUUCUAAAGUGGGGAUGCUAUAUGAGAUUUAGGAACCUCCCAGAUGUGUUGCAGGAUAAAUGAAAGCUGGAGUGCGGAUUAUUUGGUUCUCGACAACUCCAGAGUAACUGGAAAUCUAAAGGACAGUUUUUCCUUUUUCACAUUCGAGUUUGAUACCAGUGAUCUCUCAAAGGUCUGGGAUAAAAGUGAAAGUGGUGAUUGGCAUUGUACUGCUAGCUGGAAGACACAUAGUGGAUCUGUAUGGCGUGUGACAUGGGCCCAUCCUGAAUUUGGACAGGUUUUGGCUUCCUGUUCUUUUGACCGAACAGCUGCUGUAUGGGAAGAAAUAGUAGGAGAAUCAAAUGAUAAACUGCGAGGACAGAGCCACUGGGUUAAAAGGACAACUCUGGUGGAUAGCAGAACAUCUGUUACUGAUGUGAAGUUUGCUCCCAAGCACAUGGGUCUUAUGUUAGCAACCUGUUCGGCAGAUGGUAUAGUAAGAAUCUAUGAGGCCCCAGAUGUUAUGAAUCUCAGCCAGUGGUCUUUGCAGCAUGAGAUCUCAUGUAAGCUAAGCUGUAGCUGUAUUUCUUGGAACCCUUCAAGCUCUCGUGCUCAUUCCCCCAUGAUCGCCGUAGGAAGUGAUGACAGUAGCCCCAAUGCAAUGGCCAAGGUUCAGAUUUUUGAAUAUAAUGAAAACACCAGGAAAUAUGCAAAAGCUGAAACUCUUAUGACAGUCACUGAUCCCGUUCAUGAUAUUGCAUUCGCUCCAAAUUUGGGAAGAUCUUUCCAUAUUCUAGCAAUAGCAACCAAAGAUGUGAGAAUUUUUACAUUAAAGCCUGUGAGGAAAGAACUGACUUCCUCUGGUGGGCCAACAAAGUUUGAAAUCCAUAUAGUGGCUCAAUUUGAUAAUCAUAAUUCUCAGGUCUGGCGAGUGAGUUGGAAUAUAACAGGAACGGUGCUAGCAUCUUCAGGAGAUGAUGGGUGUGUAAGAUUGUGGAAAGCUAAUUAUAUGGACAAUUGGAAGUGUACUGGUAUUUUGAAAGGUAAUGGGAGCCCAGUCAAUGGGAGUUCUCAGCAGGGAACCUCAAAUCCUUCCCUAGGUUCAAAUAUUCCAAGUCUUCAGAAUUCAUUAAAUGGAUCUUCUGCUGGCAGAAAGCACAGCUGAGUACAAGCUAACUGGAGUAACUUUGCUGUUUUGCUGCUUGUUGCAUGCACACAGGAAUGGAAAGCGAGCUCCUUUUCCCCUUCCCCAGCGCCGUUUGACCUCUCCCAAGAUACACCAGCAGCCUGCUUACUACUAAACGCAAUCCAAAAGGCCUUUAAAAAUACGGUGUAUAUUUUUUUGUACUAGUCAGUUUAUUGACAGUAUUUGAAACUUUUGAAAUAUAAAUGGAGAGGCUUUCUGUUGAGACAUUGUCACCAAAACAAUUUUUUGAAAUGUUCAUGAAACUAAUUUGGGUUUAAAGAUUAAAAGGGUUGUUACCAUUCUUAUCUGAGUAGUUGGGAGGAGGGGAAAUAUCACUUUAUUUCAUUUGGAAAACAUAGACAUAUUUCUUUUGCUUUCUUAAAACAGCUUAAAAUGAUGAACUUUUAUAAUUUGAAGAUUCAAUAAAUAUUUUUUAUAAAGAUUGUUUUGAGUGCUGAUUUGUUUACUUUUUGUAGAUUUGCUUUAUACAUGAUAUUCAGUACAACUCUGUCAUUUCUUUGUAAUAUUUUAAAAAUAUUAGUAAAGGAGUGAAUUAAUAAAGUAGUAAUAGUAAAGUGAAAGGAACUUGACUGUACAGUUUGUAGCCAGGUUAAGCAUUUGGUAUUGUUUCAUUUACAAUUUGGGACUAAGAUGGAAACACUUUUUAUAAGUUUUUAAUUUAUAGUCACUAAAGAGAUAAAUGUUUCUUAUAUAUAUUUGUGUAUUUUUAUGGUGUUAUUUAUUCCAUGGCUUAGUUUCCUUCAAAUCAAAAUUUGGACACACACUAUUAAGAGAAGCCAUUAAAAUUUUACUAAAAUUGUGCAUGUAAAUUAAUGUCAGCAUUCCAUGUCUCAAGAUUUUCUUAAUUUAGUUGGCUGUUUAAAUUAAUUCAUAUCCUGUAAAGCUCAGCUUUAAAUUUUUUGAUCUGUAUUUAUUUAAGUUUGCUAAGAUGCGUAAGUAUUACCAGUAAGUUACAAGAUGGAAGAAUAACAGUAGGGCACAGUCAUUCUGUGAAUCCUUUUACUUAUCAAAAUUUGGUAGCUAUUCUAAGGCUUUUGCAGAAAAAUAAGUGUUCAAUGUUUGUAGUUCUUCAAAAGCAUGUUGCAGUAGCCAGCCAUACUAUGUGUGUUCCCAGUAUCAUGUGUGCACUAAAAAAAAUGUGUGCUUGCUGCUGCUGUGAGUGAACCAUUGCUUAAGAUAAAAAACUUACUAGAUUUGUAAAUGUACAGAAUAGCAUCAGAUGUUUCUGAGAGAUUAGAAAAUGUUUUGAAUUUAUAAAAUUAAUGUUUUUUUUGUAACAUUUAUAUUGAUUUUUUUGACAUUUUAAGUUUAACAGAUUGUAUUCCUUUCAAGUUUCUAUACUUGCUUAAGCAAUCUUGAUUUCAGUAAGGGUCUUGAUUUGUGCUAUUAUGUUCUGUUAGUUUUGGCAUGAAUAUACUAAAGCUUUUUUUUUUUUUUCUAGCAUGUGUUUUCUCCUCUUUGGUUCUCUUUGUAUUUACUACUUUUCUCUUUUUCUUGUGUUUUUUUUUUUUUUUUUCCUGUUUUUGUUUUGUUUGGUGUUUUGUUCCUGUCUUCAUUGUUUCAGGUAUUUCUUUCCCCCUCUGGAUUCCCCACGGGCUGGAUCGAGAUGGUCCAGUUAUGCCCAGCUCCUUCCUCCUCCUCCUCCUCCUCCUCCUCCUCUGGUAGAGCACUCUUGCGAUGCUGACACUGCCAACCUCCAGUAUCCUCACCCUCGCAGACGAUAUCUCUCUCGGCCUCUUAAUCCCUUACCUGAGAAUGAAGGGGUUUAAAACACUGAUUUAACAUUGAAAGGCCUUAUUCAAGUGCUUGUAAAUGCUUUCAUUUCUGGCUGCUUUUUGUUUUUCUUCAUUUUCUUUCAGAAGAUUUUUCUAACUUAGGGUCUGUCUUGCAUGUAUUACAACCAGAAUACAGUGUUUAGAACCUAAAUCUGUUUGUGCGUCUGCAUCAAAGGAACAUUUGCUUCACUGGGUGAUAACCUUUGAUGAAAUGAGAUAUGUCCAAGUAACGUUAACUGUGAAGUUACACACAGUAGCUGACUUCAAAGUGCCUGUUCUAUAAAUUUUAUUUUAAACUGUUACCAUAGUCUUAAGUUGUUUAUGCUUUAUCAGACUGGCUAAUAUGAAAGCAUAUUAUUAUGAAGUUUAUUCUGCCUUUGUGACCUUAAAAAAUGGAUUUCAUUUUACAGGCUAAUGUUGCAACUGACUAGUAUGUAAAAUAAAUCAUUCCUGUGUAUAAAGCAGCAAAA